AUCAGCUCACUUUUCACAAAAACGCAUUUGCUUCAACUUCCUAGCGGGAAGAAGCUAUUCGAGGUUGUUCCCCAGGCAGCAGGAAUCGAAGUAGAAGGCGAAGGAUGAGGCUGUCCCGUGCAGAGUAUAAAGAAAUAGCGAGGUGGACUGAACAGCUGAGACCUACUCGGCAAUGUAUGAAGAUACUGAAAGACAGAUAUCCUCAUCACUCGCAGUCCACUCUUCUGAGCAUCUUCUCCCUGGAGUACCAGAAACGAACUAAAAGAACAAUGUCAAGACAUCAUGUGCCAGAUGUUAUGGAACGAUACUACCAAAGGUAUCUGAGUGAAACCAAGGUUCGCCCCACUGCUCCUGUCCUGCUGGAGUUGGCAAAUGAGGUGGAUCUGUCUCCUGCUCUGAUGGCUCGUAUUAUCCUGGAUCGGUUCCUUAAGGACAUGGACGGCGGAAUGCCUUCCAAAACCGUCUUAAACAGCAUGCUGAAGGAGCCGUCACUCAUCCAGGACCACAUUCUGGCAAAUAACAUCUACCAAUGCACAAUAAAUGACUGCUGUUAUGGACCGCUGGUAGACUGCAUCAAACACGCUGUCGGCCAGGAGCACGAGGUGCUACUCCGUGACAAGCUGAUGGAGAGAAACCUUUCUUUCCUGGAUGAAAACCAGCUGAGAACUAUGGGCUACGACAAAACACCGGAUAUCAUCUUAGAGGUUCCUGUAGCUGUGGAAGGCCACAUCAUACACUGGAUUGAGAGCAAAGCAUCUUUCGGAGACGAUCACAGCCAUCGAACGUACCUCAAUGAGCAGUUCUGGAGCUACUGGAACAGGCGCCAUUAGCGGAGACAGGAGGGGAUGAGACCGAACGUCGUUCUGAAGACAGAAAGAAAGCUGGCACCGGAGGGGUGAAAUGAUCUCUGUCGGAAGAAUUGCUGCUGUGACCCUUUGGAAAAUCCAGUCUGCAUUUACAUAUAAAGGAUUCUUUUAAUCAAGGUAAGUGUUAUUAUAUUGUGCCCCAUUGAGCAAGGGAGUUUGGGUGUUAAAUAAAAUCUGCUCUGCCGUGCUUCCUUUAGGAUGUGAUAAGUCUUGAUUUUUCAAAUGCCAGCAUCGCAGCAGUAUGGCAUUUAUGGUGGGAGGUGGGGGGGGCGAGGGCAAAGAAAAGUAUUAAAUACGUUAAGGUUAUCUGUAAUGGGGAUGGGUAAACGCAAGUAUUCCCAAUGCAAUUUAAAAUCAAAACAAAUAGAGACAUUAAUCAAGCUGUAUGCAUUAAAUGCAAUGGCAAAAAAAAUAUGAUUUGAACAAAUGAAGGGAAAAAAAAGAAAAACUUUAACAAAACCCAAGAGGUCAUCUGAAAUUGUCAAUAUUCAGAAAGCAAUUAUCCCUAUUGAUGCUAGUUAAUACCAGAUUCACCCUAAACGGGUCUGCUAUUACUGAGAUAUCAUAUAAGAAGCAUGGGUAAAAACAAAAGAGCUCUCUCAAGACCUUUCAAGCCUUAUUACUUCUAAUUUCAUGCUUAACAGAUAUCUCUCUAAACUUUUUAAUGUUCCAGUGAACAGGACGUUAGCCAGAAUUGAUAAACGGAAAGAACAUUUCGAAAUAAGCUGGGCAUGGCCAGAUUCUCUCCGUAAGAUUUCCAUCAGAGGACCAUCACGGCCUCGGCACGUGCUCACAGCAUCUGACUCCACUGAUGAAGAAAAAGCAUCCUUGAAGCUCACGAGACGUUUGUUGUAGAAAAUCUGGACAAACCAGUGAAGUACUGGGAAGAUACAGUCUGGUCAGAUGAUGUCGACAGUGAACUCUUAUGAUGUCAUCGUGAAUCCCAAGUUUGGAGGAAUCGUAGUGGAUAUUAUCUCAAAAGAAUGGCGCAAGAUUGUCUUUCGGCAGAUCGGCCUGACAGAUAGGAAUCUGAAGAUGAAAUAAAAGUGGAUCUUUCAGCAAAACUGCGAUCCCAAAUAUGCAGCCAAGAAAACUCUCAAGUGGUUUUAGGGAAAGAAAAUGAAGCUCCUAAAAUGACGCAGUAGUUCAUUUGACUUGAAUCUGAUUGAAAGAACUGUAGAACCAGAAUGCAUAGAAGAGAUCCCCAGAAUCUCCAAGACUGGGAGGAAGACUGGGUCAGCAUCACAUCUGAGUGCUGCAUCUGUAUGCAGCCAGUUCCUGCAUACAGAAAACUUGCUGUCAUGCCCCAAAAAGAGGCCUUUCUAUUCUGCAUUUAACGCAUUUUAGUAAGCAUGUUCUAUACUUUUCCUUGUGCCAUUCCGCUUUAUAACACACCCUUUAUAGACUGUUUUGUUUUGUUUCCUUUUAUGUGUGGAUUAAUUGGGUUGUAACUGACAUCUGGUUUGAAUUAAAUCUCUAUAGACCCAGUAGAACAAAAAAAAAAAAAACAUUUACUGAGAAAAACAUUGGCAUGUUCAAUACUUAUUUUCCCUACUGUAGCUGUGUCGGGUGUGUGCAACCAGUCACACAGACAGCCUGUGUCUGUAUGCGUGUGCUACAGAUCUCCCUUCUUUUGGAUACAGAAUGGAUUCUUGUAUGAAUAACCAUUUGAAUUUAUCUCAGUCUCUUGUGUCUUAGAGUCCCAGGUCAGGCUUGUCACUGCUGGCCCCUACAGUGCCCCUCUGAAAUUGUCUCCCUCCAGUAAAAAAUAAUCAAAACACAUAGCGCGCGAGCCCACCCCUCUCACAUGCUCAUUCCUACCAAUACGCAUCUCAAAGCAAAUCCCCAUUGAAGGAUCGACCAUGUCACCCACAGCCCGUAUAUCUAGCUCAGGGACCAUAAUGUACUGCCGUGUUCCCGUCUUUGCAUAUAAGAUAAUUUGGGCAUCAAUCCUUCCCCAGACAGAUUUAUGUCACUCGGAGGACAGUUUCACUUCUCCUUCUUUAUCGCUUCACUGGAGCCUGCUUAAUUUCCCCCUGUCAGCCCCUUCCCCAGGAGAUGUUAUUUUUUCCCUAAAUGUCCAACAUUUGCAUUGGCUGUCCACGACGAGGAGAGCGAUGGCGCUAUUGUGAUAAAUAAAUUUGUGGAUGCCAUGCCAGGUUGUCCCCCCCCCCACCUCUCUUUUCUUUAUCCUGUUGUUGUCCCCUGUUGUCUGGCGUCUACAAGUCGGGGUCCUCGCCAUCCCAGGACAACUCCCACUAUUUUUUGCCACAAGUCUCCAAUUCAUCCUCUGCCCUCCCACUUCGACACUCAAAGCAUGUCGCUAAAACAUUUAGCCGAGAACUGUUGCUGGGGAUGAAAACUUGCCGUUAAAAAAGACAACGUGCUGGUCAGCUGGAAUGCAAUUCUGAGGAACAUCUGACCCUGACUCGCCCCCCGCCCCCCUUAUAAACAACAGUUAAACAUGUAACAAAGAAAUUCCCAGU